AUGACUUCGCCUACUUCUUCUGAGAGGUGGACCGAUGGUCUACAGUUCUCUUCUUUGUUAUGGUCUCCUCCACGUGACCCUCAACAACAUAAGUUGGUCCGGAAUCCGUAUCCAUCAACUGAGAAGCGGCUUUUGGAUGAUGUGUUGGCUAUAUUUGUCCUUCAUCAUCCGGAGCAUGGUCAUGCGGUCAUCCUUCCGAUUAUUUCAUGUCUCAUUGAUGGCUCUCUGGUGUACAGCAAGGAAGCUCAUCCUUUUACCUCUUUAAUAUCUUUAGUUUCCCCAACUAGUGAGAAUGACUAUUCAGAGCAAUGUGAUUUAGAACUUAAGCCACAGGGGAAGCUUAUAGUAACAGUAGUGAGAGCAACAAACUUGAAGAAUAAGGAAUUGAUAGGAAAAUCUGACCCUUAUGCUACCAUCCACAUUCGUCCCGUCUUCAAGUAUAAAACAAAGGCAAUCGAGAACAACCUGAAUCCUGUUUGGGACCAUACAUUUGAACUGAUUGCAGAGGACAAAGAAACCCAAUCGCUCACUGUAGAGGUACAUUAUCAUGAGUUCAACAAAGAGGAGCAAAUGGCUGCGGUAGAAGAAGAGAAGAAAAUAAUGGAAGAAAGGAAGAGACUGAAGGAUGCAGGAAUGAUAGGUAGCACAAUGGAUGCAGUUGGAAGUGGGCUCGGUGCUGGCGUAGGAAUGGUUGGGACAGGAAUUGGUGCAGGAGUAUGA